AAACGAGAUGACCAUCGCUGGAUCCUCGGAGCUCCAUCAGUCACACCGCGGAUCACUGAGUGCAGGCAGGCGGUCCGACACAACCCAGCGGACGGAUCAGACAAGGGAGGACGAGUGGUGGGGGGGGGGCAAAAACAUUUCGGAUUAGAGGGCUUCAGCUAUGAACAUCCAAAACGUUAAGUAGAAGUUAACGGAGCUCUCACACCACAAACGCGUCGAGGAUGAACGGAACUGCAGCGGCCACUGGAUCGGCUUCUUGCCGUUUCGCCCACUAUUUUGUUGUGUGUGGAGUGGACACGGAGACGGGCCUGGAGCCGGACGAUGGAGCAGGCGAGGGCUUUGAGCAGAGCCCCAUUCGACGCUCGUUCAAGUCAAAGGUUCUGGUGCACUACCCCGAAAGCACAGACAGGAACCCCUUCAAUAAAGAUGCUGUCAACAUGCUCUGCAUGCCGAGAGGUCUUUCCUUCCGCACACAGGCAGACAGACUAGAUCCUCAGUUUCACUCAUUCACGAUGUCUUUUGAUGACGGCACAAGUUCCUACGGCUUCGUCCACACCUUCUAUGAGGAGGUGACCGGUGCUCAGAUCAUCACUGCCAUGCAGACUCUCUACCAGAUGCACCAUGUGGAGCACCAUUCAGCUUCAUCUGUCUCCUCUCCCUCUUCCUCGUCUUCGUCUGCGUCCUCGCCCUCCACCUCCAGCAUGGACUCCUUUGUGAGCAGCUUGGAUGAGUCAGACGCUGAGUCUUUGGCCGGUGUGUCCGCCCGCUUUGGCUGCGUAGGCUCCUUUGAUCCAGCACGGGACACUCUGUACGUGUCCAAAGCCCUCUGCCUCCUUACGCCGCUCCCCUUUCUUCAAGCUGCUCGACAGUUUCUGUCUCAGCUUCACCAGGCCGUGACCUCACACACAGCCCCACCCCUCCCAUUAGAGAGCUACAUCCACAACAUCCUGUACGAGGUGCCUCUGCCUCCUCCUGGCAGGUCACUGAGGUUCCACGGGGUGCAGGGACCCAUUGUGUGCCAGCGGCCCGGGCCGGGUGAGCUUCCGCUGGGAGAGUAUCCACUUGGAGAGGCGUUCUCCAUGCUGGGUGUGGAUAAUAUGGUGCAACUAAUUACCUGUGUACUGCUGGAGACACAAGUCCUGCUUUGCUCUCAAGACUACCAGCGUUUGAUGACAGUGGCAGAGGGCGUCACCACCUUGCUAUUCCCAUUCCAGUGGCAACACAUCUACCUGCCCAUUGUUUCUGCACCGCUACAUCACCUCCUUGAUGCUCCUGUGCCAUUCUUGUUGGGUAUCCAGCGCAGAGAGGGAGCUCAGCGAUCCUCCCUCCACCUGCCACACGAGGCCAACCUGUGCUUUGUGGACAUUGACAACCGCUCUGUUGAGACCCCGGAGGACCUCCCCAUGUUUCCCGAACAGACCGAGCUAAUCCAGGAGCUGAGUGAGGUACUGCUGCGCUUCGGGCUCCCGCCACAGGGCGGUGUGAUCACCAAGCCCGCCACCACCUCCCCUCGCAUGAGCAGCCUGGUGCUGGAGGAUCUAAUGGAGGACAAAAGGAACGGGAACCUCGGAGGCGAGGAGCUGGCGGUGCUGGAGAGGCUGCAGGCUCUGGCGCGGAGGUGCGGAGGAGAAAAGAUUUCAGAUGGAGGGAAGACACUGGGACACGUGUUUGAGGAAGAGGAGGAGGAGCUGAAGGCUGCCAAGCUGAACGUUCAGCUGAGGGAAGUGUUUGCUGGACGUUUUGCUGCCAUGUUUGGCAGGUACGAGGAGUUUGUCAUCCACAGCGCUCUAGAUUUGGACUCCUGGUUGAGCAACCGAGAGGGGACGUUCAGCUUUGACAAGGGUUCCUUCCUCUCAGUUCAGCCUGCGAGCCACUUGGACUUCUUGUCCCAGUUCUUGGAGACGUCCAUGUUUUCUUCCUUCGUGGAUGGGAAGGUGAUAUCGCGCUGGGCGGAUAGAGAGCCACUUCAGCAGCUUUUUGACAGCCGUUUGGAGAGAGAGCGACUGUAUGACACAGACACAGAGGACUCCCGUAACUGUCGCUACAGGAAAUGCACCACGGUCUUUGAGUCAGCUCAGGUCAUUGAGCGCAGACUGAUGAAGGCUGACCACACAGCCAUCCACCCCCACCUGCUGGACAUGAAGAUCGGCCAGGGUCGUCACCAGCCGGGCUACUUCCCUAAGCUGCAGGCGGAUGUGCUUGCGCAGGGACAAAACACCAACAAGUGGUCCGGUCGUGUUACAGCAUCACGCAGGACUGACCUUAAGAGAUCAACAGGGACUGAACAUUCAGGAGUGGACAAUGAACAGAGACAGAAGCACACUUUUGCGAGGAAGAACCUCUGCCAGUCUAAGCUACUUGAUCCGUCACUUCGAGCUGUCACUCAGACUCACCGAGAGUUUGCUGAAGGGCUGCUGAGCGAGUGUCGUCUGAAGACCAAACGGAUGUUGAUGGAGAGGAUGGGGAAGGAGAGUGUGGAACUGGUUCAGGGAGAAGCCAACAUCACAGGCCUGCAGGAAAACACACUCAUCCACGGUCUGUGCGACCUACUGGAGAGAACCUGGGGCCAUGGUCUGCAGCUGAAACAGGGGAAGUCCGCUCUUUGGUCCCAUCUGCUUCACUACCAGGCGGCCCGGGGGAAGACGGAGACACCAGCUGAGUCUCCAGGGUCUAGCAGAUCAUUUGAUGAUGGGACUCUGCUCCUGAGAGGAUCGUUAAUACAGGAUAUGAGGUUUAUCCAGACCAUGAGUGAGGGUCUGUCUGAGGUCGGUCAGGCUCGGGCCUGGAUCCACCUGGCUCUUGAGAAGAAAAUGCUAUCCCAGCACCUUAAAGAGCUUCUAACAAACCAGGAGCUGCUUAGGCAGCUGUAUAAACCUCAUGCAUUCCUGCUCUGUGAAGAAGAAAGGGAGCAGUUUUUGUUCCACCUGCUCUCUCUCAACACUGUGGACUACCUCUGCUUCACACGCGUCUUCACCUCCAUCAGUAUUCCAUACCGUGUUGUUAUAAUACCAAUAACGAAGCUGAGCAUUGCAAUGGCAACAGUUGACCCUUGGGUGUGCGUGUCAGGAGAACUGGGUGAUUCAGGAGUGAGACAGAUCCCGAAGAAUUCACAGGAGAUCUUUUUCCAGUGCAAGAACCUGGGCAGGCUGAGCACUCUGCAGCUGGGACAGGAGAACUCCGGCUUGCUGGCUAAGUGUCUUAUUGACUGUGUGAUGGUGUAUAAUGAGAUCACUGGACACACCUACAAGUUUCCAUGCGGCCGAUGGCUGGGAAAAGGCGUGGGCGACGGCAGUUUGGAAAGAGUUCUCAUUGGUCAGCUGGUGUCACCUGGGGGAGAGGAGGAUGCUGGAAGGUGGACAGGGACGCCUCCGGAGCUGGCCUCUCCUUCUCAGAGUGUGCGGGCAGUGCUGGGGUCGCUUGGCAGCCGAAGCAGAAUGCACUCUGUUGAAGUACAAGAGGACGUGAGAGAGGCAGCAAAUAACCUUGUUAAACAUUUCCACAAACCCGAACAAGAGAGGGGCAACUUGACAGUCUUGUUAUGUGGUGAAGGAGGUCUGGUGCUUUCCUUGGAGAAGUUCCUCCUGCACGGGUUCAAAUCUAACCGUCUUUUCCAGAGGAAUGUGUUUGUUUGGGACUUUGUGGAGAAGUCAGUGGUUUCCAUGGAGACAGCUGAUCAGCUGGGUGGCCUGCAUAUAUCAACAUUGACAAAGGGUCCACCGUGCGAUUUACUGUGCCACUACGUCAAUGCCAUCAAUGCCUCGCCACGAAACAUUGGAAAAGAGGGAAAGUUCCAGCUGUUGGUCUGCUUGGGAAUCAGGGACCGGCUUCUCUCUCAUUGGCUCCCCCUGCUGGCAGAGUGCCACCUGACCGCGCGGACUUACGAGGAAGGUGCUCUUCUGCGGGACCAAGCUGCCGUGCACUCCCUCUCCCGCAUCCUGCACACACUCAAUGAGUUUGCCAUUACCCUGGAAGCUGCACUGGUCAAAGGAGUUGACCUCUGACCCUGACAAAUAAGCCCCUUCUCUGUAACCUAGCACAGGAAUGCAGAUGUGUUAAAAUAUUCAUAUUUCCAUUUGUGGGAAAAGGAAGCGCAUCCAGACACGUGAAAUAUGCGACUUUGUCAUAAAAGAGGACAGUGGCCUGGAUGAAGACACUGGCAACCCGAGCUCCAAACAUAUUGCCUUGUUUACUGAUGUAAAUGUCUUACAUACUGUAUUUGCUUGAGGAAAUAGUCUGUUUUUCCUAUGCUUGUUGACACUGUGAAAUCCAUUUCCUCAAGGAGAAUUAGAGAGUCAUUCAUUAUCCCAAAUAGUAGAUAUUUUCACAGCUCCCACCAUUAACUGUAUCUGACCCUAGGACUACUAUAACUCUCCUUUAAUUGCUGUAUUGCUUGCACUUGAACUUUAAACUAAGCACAUGCAUGGCCAAAUUGUUUGUUUGUUUUGUGUCUUAGUGUGUUCAAAACUUCAGGACUCAGGCCUCAUUAUAAACAUUUUUUCUUGACUUCAUUCAUUGCAUAUCAUAAUAAAUAGAUUAAAUGUCCCCAAAAUGUUACACCAUUAUGCUCUCGUUAAUUUGUGUAACAUCUUGCCUGUUUCUCAUUGUUUGCUUCAGUUUGAGGUCACAUACUGCAGAGUUGUGCUCUUGAAAUCCUCCAUUGGUGAAACACUGAAACCAAACUAGUGUCCUCAUUGUGUCAAUUCAAACAGCCUUUGUCAGAAAACUUUCCCCCCCUCUCUCAUUGUAAAUAUAUUUGCUUCAUUAGACCUUUUGAUAGAAUUGUGCCCAUUUGUUAUUAUGAUGUAAUGAAUGUGUGGCAUAUUUUCUGUAUAAAGGCAUCUUGUUUGUGUUUGUGUAAAACAAUAGAUUUCCAUUAUAGGCACAUGUUACUGAUAUCCUGUUUGUUUCUAAACUGUUCAGUUGUCUUCAGACAAUGCAUAGAGCACAGUUUCUUAAAAAUGCUAGGUAUUAUGUUGACGUCACAUUUAAUUAACAGUUGAAAAAUUAUUGAAAUGCUGUCUCCUGCACGGUCCUGCAAGCACUACGUAACCCACAAUGACCAAGCCGAUAUUAUAAUUUAAAUACAGAUUAGAGAAAGCAAUAAUGAAUUGUUAUUUAUGAAAUGUGUUGUCAAAGAUUAAAAUUACUAUUGACAUAA